CUUUCACAAGUCUUAGAAAUAUUGGCAAUGGCUAGCUCUAACCAAACGCCAUAUCAUCCCACCGCCAAGCCCCCCAAGCCCACCAGUACCAUCGCCUCUUUCUUCUCCUCGUGGAAGACAACCAAUCUCUACUAUCUAGUUGCCUGCCUCUGCAUCAUCUCUUACUUCCUCGGUGCCUGGAAACGCGGCGGCACCUCCAAUAUCCCAAUCAUCACCAACAAUAAUUUAGUCUCAAACGCGUGCGCACCCGCGAACGACACCAACCUCGACUUCAACACUCACCACAAUCUCAAAGAGGCAGGCCCCGGUGGUACUUUGAAUAUCCGUACAUCCUACCCUCCAUGCGACGUGAGUUUCAGCGAGUAUACUCCAUGCCAGGACGCGAAGCGAUCGCUUAGGUUUAGCAGAGAGAGGGUGAUAUAUAGGGAGAGACACUGCCCCGAGAAGAGUGAGAUCUUGAAGUGCCGCGUGCCGGCCCCUUAUGGGUACAAGAACCCAUUCGCGUGGCCGACUAGCCGGGAUCUUGCGUGGUACGCGAACGUGCCGCACAAGGAGUUGACGGUGGAGAAGGCGGUGCAGAAUUGGAUUAUAUAUGAAGGGGACAAGUUUAAGUUUCCGGGAGGGGGGACUAUGUUCCCAAAUGGAGCCGAUGCUUACAUUGAUGAUAUUGGAAGCUUGAUCAAUCUCAAAGAUGGGUCUAUUCGGACCGCCAUUGAUACAGGCUGUGGCGUUGCAAGUUGGGGGGCAUAUCUUCUCUCCCGUGACAUCCUGCCAAUGUCGUUUGCACCAAGGGACACCCACGAAGCCCAAGUGCAAUUUGCUUUGGAGCGAGGUGUUCCUGCUUUGAUUGGAAUUAUUGCCUCCAAGCGACUUCCUUACCCGUCAAGAGCUUUUGACAUGGCGCAUUGCUCUCGCUGCCUCAUUCCAUGGGGAAAAUAUGGUGGGCUCUAUUUGAUUGAAGUUGAUCGCGUUCUACGCCCCGGGGGAUACUGGAUUUUGUCUGGUCCACCAAUCCACUGGGAGAAACAUUGGAAAGGCUGGGAAAGAACAAAGGAGGAUUUGAAUGCAGAACAGACAACCAUUGAGAAUGUUGCUAAAAGCCUUUGCUGGAAAAAGCUCAUAGAGAAGGAUGAUAUUGCUAUAUGGCAAAAGCCCACCAACCACUUGAACUGCAAAGUCAACCGUAAACUCACCCAAAACACACCUUUCUGCCCGGUUGAAGAUCCUGACAAGGCCUGGUACACAGAAAUGGAGACAUGUCUGACACCCUUGCCUGAAGUUUCCAACGUGCAAGAAAUAGCAGGUGGAGAGCUGGCAAAAUGGCCUGAAAGACUACAUGCGAUACCACCCAGGAUUAGUAGGGGAACUGUGAAAGGGAUUACAGCUGAUGUUUUCCAACAAGAUGUAGAUCUAUGGAAGAAGAGGGUGUCACAUUAUAAGAAGGUAAACGGUCAAUUAGGACAUGCUGGGAGGUACCGCAACGUUUUAGACAUGAAUGCUUACUUGGGUGGAUUUGCUGCUGCUCUUAUUGAUUACCCACUUUGGGUGAUGAAUGUUGUUCCUGUUGAGGCGACAAAGGUCAACACUCUUGGAGUUAUAUAUGAAAGGGGAUUGAUUGGAACAUAUCAGAAUUGGUGUGAGGCCAUGUCUACUUAUCCAAGAACUUAUGAUCUCAUCCACGCUGAUUCGGUGUUUAGUCUCUACAAGGACAGAUGUGAAAUGGAAGACAUUCUACUUGAAAUGGAUAGAAUUUUGAGACCAGAAGGAAGUGUAAUCCUUAGGGACGAUGUUGAUAUGGUGAUAAAGAUGAAGAGUAUUGCUGAUGGAUUGGAGUGGGACAGUCGAAUUGUUGACCAUGAAGAUGGGCCUCAUGAGAGGGAGAAGCUUUUAGUUGCAGUGAAAAAAUAUUGGACAGCUCCUGCUUCUUAAUUAAGGCUUACUACUUCAAUAUUCUUCUUCUGCUUACUCUUUUUCUUUCCAUUAAUUUUUAUUUACUAAUUCUUUUUUUUUUUCCUGGUUGCGGUUAGUACUUAAUUUUUGGAAUUGUAACGUUGAAGUACAAUUAAUAAAGUUGUUCUUAGAUCA